AAGGAGGGACAGCUGUAGGGCGGCGAGAGAGGCGAGCUCCGACUACUGAGUUUUAUAGCCUGCGAGAAAGGCAUCAUGGUGAGCGACGGCUGAAGUGAUUGACAUGAAGGUCCUGGAUUGUAUUAGAUGCUAUCCCUGUGCUGUCUUGGUUGUAUGUGUGCAUCCCUUCAGUUCCGCCGGUCGGCCGCCCGCUUGGCGUUCAAGUUGCCUGAUCUGCCGUACAAGCUCGACGCACUGCAGCCGCACAUCAGCGCAGAGACCCUCUCAUACCACCACGGUCGGUGGAUGGAUGAGGCGACGAGUGCAUGAACCGCCCACAGCAACGAAGCACUUGCCUGCAUGGCUCAUGGAUGGAUGGAUGGAUGUCUUCGUGUGUGCGUGCGUGUCUGUCGUCCAGGCAAGCACCAUGCGGCGUACGUCAACAAGCUGAAUCAGCUGAUAGAGGGCCGGCCCGCCCUGGCCUCCAAGACGCUCGAGGAGAUCAUCAAGGGAGAAGACGGCAUCGUCUUCAACCAAGCGGCACAGGCAGGCAAACCAAACAACACUCACCACACAUCCCUGUGCGUGUGCAUCGCAUCGUGUGCACCUAACUUCUAUAUGUCAGAUAUGGAACCACACCUUCUACUGGUCGUGCAUGAAGCCGGGCGGCGGCGGUCUGCCCACCGGAGCCGUCAAGGACAAGAUCGACGCGGCCUUCGGCUCCUUCGACGCCUUCAAGGAGCAGUUCUCCACCGCUGCCGCCGGCCACUUCGGCUCGGGGUGGGCCUGGCUCGUGGCGGGAGACGACGGCAAACUCAAAAUCGUCGGCGGUCACGACGCCAUGAACCCUAUGAAAGGUGUGAGCGAGAGGGAAGGGAAGGGAAGCGGCGAGAGGCAUCAGGAACAUGUGUGUGUGUUGUCCAUGUCUGCGUGUCUGUGGGUGCGCGAGCAGACGGGAGCGGCAAGGCGAUCUUGACGUGUGACGUGUGGGAGCAUGCCUACUACGUCGACUACCGGAACGAGCGGCCAAAAUACGUUGCCGGUGAGUCGAUCGACCGACACAACCGACACAAUCGCAACACAGACAAAUGAACGGCGCCUCCUCUCCUCACCUGUUGCCUGUCAUCCAUCAUCUGGCCAGCGUGGUGGAACCUGGUCAACUGGGACUUUGCCAACGCCAACCUCGCCGCCCAAUAGAUAGACAAGAAAAGCGCGACACCCCCGUAGGUAGCGGCGAAGUGCUCACUGGCCGCCAUUUUGCUGUGCCGCAGCGAGUGGCUGGCUGGGAGGGACAGAGACGUACGUAGAACAGCGAGCGGGGGAUGAGGAGUG